AACUCUCACUUGCUCAUUCCUCAACUCCUCAACAUCCUAAUGGAGCAGAGUUCAUUUUCCGUGGAAAAACCUUCACAGGCUUCAUCAGGUCCCUACACAAGUCCACCACCGCCGAUUGGUUAUCCGACUAGAGAACCGAUGGUGGGUGAUCCUCCGGCAGGACCAGUGGAGACAAAGUCCAAGGAGAUCACCGACGAAACACUCGACAAAACAGCCAAGGUUCAGAAAUGUGUCUGUUGUUGCUUUGAAGUGUUACAGAAAUGUCUAAUGUGAGACUUCUAAUGAGACUGAAGACGUUGAUCAAACAACACGUAAUUCAUAUAUCAUUCGUUUGUAAGGACUGCCAUGUUGCAAUUUUAAGUUUAUUUGCUUUAUUGUUUGAAAGGGAACGAUGAUCCCCAUUUGCUUCGUGUGUAUUUUAAUUUUUUUUCUUUUUCUAUAUAAACCAAUGAAAAACCAAAGAACUGUGUUACAUUACAUCUUAUUUCCAAUAAACAUUGAAUGAUCCUUGUGUGGGAGA